AUGGCCUUGUCUUCGGCGCAGGAAUCAUCUCGAACGCUCCACAGCAUAGACUAUACAGAAGGAGACAGCGUGGAUGUCAUUUGCGACAAUCUGCAAAACAGCAGUGGAUUUCCGAGCCGUUUAGAAAUCUUAGGAGACCUUAACUCCUCUCAGUUUGCAACAGAGCUUUCGACUACCCAUGAAAUACCAGUUUUAGGUGCAGAUACUGAGACCGGUACCACAUAUCUGUUUACAUUUCGCCGAAUGCCUGGAAAUGCAGGCGUGAGUGUCGACUAUAGAGUCGCCGAAAAUGGUACCAGUCAAACCAAUACAGCUGCUGGGGCCAGAGCUACGUCCGCCAACAACGCAAUGGGCGGACCAAGGGUUGAGCACAACAAUGCCGAAGCAGGUGCCAACCAAACCAACUUGGCUGCUGGGGUUGGGGCUUCAGCCUGUUAUAACCGAGCGCGCGACCGCAAUACAGUCCAAACCAAUAAGGCGUCUAUGUGUCAGAUUUUAUGA